AAGAAGAACCAUGCUGGCUAGCUGACACAGAGAUAGAUGGUACUGUGAAAACUGCUGGUGGCAGCAUGUGUAUUCAUGGUAGACUUCAAUGCCCACCUGUUAGCAAGAUGCGCCCACUGGUACAGCAGUGGCAUGGUCGUUAUGGGGGUGAUGGGGACAGAGCAAUGUACAAGGAUGGAAAGUUCUUGUUCUCAUGGUGAUCAUUGGUGGGAAGAAGAAGAAGAAGAAGAAGAAGAAGAAGAAGAAGAAGAAGAAGAAGAAGAAGAAGAAGAAGUUAUGUUUGUUGAACAUUACUGUAUGAAUGUUCUCUGCUCAGCCUGCAAAGCAUCUUCUGGCACUACCAAUGAAAGCAAUCCAGCAAGGAGGAAGCUUCCAGAUACAAGCUUGAUUUCUCCAUCUCUUGUGGCCUAA